AUGAAGUUCUUCGUCCUCUUGGCUUUCAGUCUCGUACUGCUCCUCACGACAGCCUUCGAAUCCGGUUCCGGUGCCCUUCAACAUGCUUCCCUCAAGAACAACACGGCGCGCUUUCGAUACGGAACGGUGUUCGAGAAGCGCGGGAGUCCUUCCGAGUCGGAGCUAACGCUAGAGGAUAUUGAGAGCACGUGUAGUGAGCCUAGCAUAUCCAACGAAGAGGUUUUCAACGAUGCGAGGCUCAAAGGUCGGCAACUAGCGUCCGGAAUGGUCGCAAAUUCGUAUUUUCUGCCCCAUAUAAUGCCCCUCAGCCCGUGGGACGGCGAGCUUCGCGCCGAAUUACAACUUUGGGGCUGGGCUGAAACUGAACGACCUGAAAAAUGCGACUUCAGGAAUGGCGUUGGUCGUCUCGGCUUGGAGACCGCAUUUGCCAACUUGGUAGACGUACGCGGCAUACAAGGCAUCAAUCCCAGACCGUCCAAUGAAGGUAGCGGAACAGUAUGUCACUUGAUUCGCCAUUACGACAGUCCUGCAGUGCUCAAUAGACCUGCGGCUGGUCAUCCAUGGCCUCCUCGGGGACAACAAGUGUACAAUGUAAACGCUCGAGAAUACACAGUCACCGGUGCAUUCUUUACUAUAGCAGUCAACCGUGCUGCCGGCCUCAUCGCGUUCAUCGACCGAAGAUCCCCGGUCAAGGCAGCAGAAGAUCUCUGGAAUAGAAAACCUUCAGACGACGAGCUUCCGGCGCUGAGAGCUACCUCCGAUGUUGCCUGGGGGCUGUGGAACCGGAGGCAAGGUCCCGACAACCCGGGUCUCGGUCGCAUAAAGUACUUUCUGAUCGGUCCCAUCGUGAACUAUGAAACCACGAAGAUCAUCAUGGAAAUUUGUGAUGAAGAUCGAGCCCCGCUAUGGCCCGGUCUCGACUUCAACUUCCCGGAACAACAAGCGUUAGCACUUCUUGGUUCGCCAAAUGGUCGGGCAGUAGGCUUUUUCCUCGCGCAGCAUAAGAUCCAGAUGGGUGGGAAAUACUUCGUCAGCAAGGUCAAGCUGUUCAACUCGGAUGCUGUUCCUAGCUAUCCCUACGCUCUCUUCACGGUGCAGAGGAUCAUGAUCACCGAAGACAUACUUGUGGCUCCAAAGAUUGAAAAGCCCCAGAACGCACCUGGAAACGUACCUGGAAACGGAAAGUAG